GCUUGGAUUGGAUCCAUUACAUGGACACCCCGUAAAAGAAGGCUGGAUCCACGGGCAGGAAGAUAGCGUCUCCGUGCCCGGAUGCUCAGCCAGUGGACACUCUCCACCGGCUGCUUCUUCCUCGUCAUCUUCGCACUCGACCACGCUUUCGACCACUUCAAUUUCCAAAUCCCGUGCAGCCCGUCCGGGAUCUUUCUGCGGUGCGUCGAGCCCACGGACGCGGUGGCCCUUGCCAACACCGCCGCGGAAAGCGCCGGCUGGAUCGGGAUGCUGUGGUGCGGCGCGGCACAGACGGCCGCGGCCGCGCUGGCUCUGCAUCUCCCAUGCCGCUACCGCCGGGUCCGCCGUGCCCUCGCCUACAUCGCCCGCGCGCUCGCCAUCGUCGGCCACAGCCUAUACGCCCGCGCCACCGUCCUCCUCUACGCCGCGGACCCAGGAUCCCUCUUCGCCGUGAUGGGCUGGACCCUGAUCAUAGUCUUCUUGGCGGUGUUCGACCUCCUCUGCUUCCUGAUCCUCAUGCUGGGACGUGAGGUGAGACUGAGUGCGACUGAUGAUUAG